AUGGGUAUAACAUUAUAUCUUCUUGUUUAUGUUGAUGACAUUGUCGUGACGGGCAAUAAUGAGACAACUAUCAACAAUAUCAAGGAUACCUUGUCUAAACGCUUUUCUCUAAAGGACCUUGGGCUACUGCAUUUUUUUCUGGGUGUUGAAGUCCUUUCAAGUGCAGAUGGUUUGAUCUUUUCCCAAUAUAACUACAUCUUAGAUGUGCUCAAAGAGUUUUCAAUGGAAGAAAGCAAAGGUGUUCACUCCCCGCUAUCUACCUCCACGCAACUUAAGUUGGAUGAUGGCUCUCCUCUCACUGAUGCAAAGCAAUAUCGCUCUCCUAUUGGCAAAUUGCAGUACUUAGCUUUCACACGCCCUGACAUAAGCUAUGUUGUGAACAAGCUUUCUCAGUUUAUGCAUCGUCCAACUGUAAUUCAUUGGACUGGUGUUAAACGUGUUCUACGCUAUCUCAAACAAACAAUAACACAUGGCCUCUUCUUCAAGAAACAAUCUGAUCAUGCACUCCAUAUUUAUUCUGAUGCUGAUUGGGCAGGUGAUCUCACUGAUAGAUCAUCCACUUCUGCUUAUGUCAUUUAUCUUGGUUUAAAUCCCAUUAGUUGGUCCUCCAAGAAACAACAUUCCAUCGCUCGUUCAUCCACCGAAGCAGAAUAUAGAGCAGUUGCUGGAGCCGUUGCCGAAGGAAAUUGGACUAUGAAUUUGUUGUCUGAACUCUAUGUUCCUAUUUCCACUACUCCAACAGUUUACUGUGACAACAUCGGCACCACUUAUCUCUGCCAAAAGCCGGUAUUUCAUAGUCGGAUGAAGCAUAUUGCAAUUGACUUUCACCUUGUUUGUGAUCAAGUUUAUUGA